AGUCAAAAUUACCUAUUCACAACGUUAUGUAAUUGUAAACGACACAUACAUUAAAACUGAAAGAUUCGAUUGAAAUUACUGCAAAAAUAGCGAACACUUUUCAAAAUAUAAAAAUCAACAAGGAACCGGAAAGUUAACAUGUGCUUUAAACAUUCGAAUUCUUUUACGGAUAAAGAAGAGAAACUGCUAGAAAGAUGGACUGUUGCGCGCAGAAGCUGAAAUUAUUUUUGAGUCUCGCGUCUAUUAAUAAACUCAAGUCAAAGAGCAGAGAAAGCGAGAAAAUAGUCUUAAUCAUCAUGCAGCGGAGUACGAGACAAAUGUUGUUCUAAUAAUGGCAAUUUCAAGUGUCUAGUUGUAGAGGAGUACCAAGGCUAUCGCGUUUGAUCUGUCUGUGCUGAAACGCGGGAAAAUGAAAAUCGCGGCAAAACAAGCCCCUAAUUUAUACAUCAUAUUCGCUGGUUGCAAGUUGAACUUUCCUAUACUGUAGGUUUGUUUUCUAUGUAUAUCUGUGAUGUACUGAAUCAACUGCGUCAGAUUACAAUUACAAUUGGUUUGAAUACAUGAAAUUAAUAGGAUGCGGUUAUUAAUCCGAUUAUAGAUUAAAUAUAAGACUAGAAAUAGCCUCCUCAAUAAUUAAAUUGAAGUUUCUAAAAUGUUGAUCUUGAAAAGGCUUCAUCUGGAAACAUGUCUUGUGAAGAAAUGUGUCUUAUGAGAAAUGAAAUCAUUCAUUAACUCUUAUGAAAACUAAUUCAUAUUGCAAAAUGAAACCCAAUAAGCAAGUUCCUGGAAUUCAAAAUUAAUACAUUAGAAGUGAAAAUUAUUACAAAAUAAGUCAGUACUAUGUCAUCAGACAGAAUAGGUUGUACAAUAACUUAUCGCAAAUAAAUUUAUAAAAUUGGAAUGAAAUAUUUUUAAAUUGAGUGCUAAAUUACGUCACUACUACUCCCGGCAACCCCGAACUCUAAAUAUGUGGUGUAUCUAUAAAAGUAAUAAGCAUUAGUAAGAUGAGCUGUUAUUGGAAAGUCUUCAAGAGGAAUAUGAUUAUCCCCAAUGUUUGUGCUAUCCUCUUUCUACUAGCCGUUUUCUCACAGGCUUCGCAUUCGACUGAAAUGACGGAAGAAAAGCAUCCAAGUAGAAUGAAACGACAAUCUUAUACCAACAAUGACGUGGGAAAUGCGUUCAUUGACAGCGUAUUCAAUAUUCCGAUUUCGACGUUGAAUGCGGUCGGUCAGUUGAUCAAGAACUCGCGACCGGUCGUUCAGGAGGUGCGACGCCGAGCAGAGCAGCAAUACAGCCAGUACCAGGAGAACCGACGCAGGACGUCGACAACCGUCCAAUACAUCGACCUGCGUCGCACGACGCCACGACCACGACGCAGAACAGCCGCCGAACUGGCCGCUAUUCGGCCCGCUUAUGAUGGCUCCGCCUACCGAAUAUAGACCCACUCUCUCACAUUAAUCUAUUGUAAAUAAGUUUAUUAAGGCUGUGCAAAGGCUAAAAAUAAGCAUGCUACUCGUGAUAUUUUUCAAAGUUCUCCAAUCUGUAUAUCAUCAAGCUAUCAAAAUGA